CGCACAAAAACACCUGCAAUAAGUAUAUUAUCAUUGCGAAAACCAAGUGCAACAGCAGUUCCCCAGUCAGCCAAAGAGGCAAAUGCAUCGCCAGCAGCGGAAGAUGGAUCAAUAGAGCGCGAGUCUGCAACCCCUGAACACUAAUUGGAUUCCCCCGGGCGCUCUGCCCACCAGGAAACGGAUAUCGCCGACCAGCUCGGCUCAGAAAAUCACUUGCGAGAUACACAACAAAGAGGCGAAAAGAAAAGCAUGAAGGCUAGCAAGACACGGGCUGUGCGCCUCACCAGUUUGACGGAGGACGUGGCCGCCGUACCGGAAGAUGCACCAUUCCGUGCACGCCUGCACGUCCUCUUCGCCCAGAUCGAGCGGGAGUUCGAGCAGCUGUAUCUGGAGAACCAGGCCCUGCAGGAGAAGCUAGACAUAGCCACCACCACCAAGGAGUCAUUGAUUCCACCCGAUGCCAGAUCCGCAGCAGGAGGUUCAAUGAGCACUCAGGCCUCAUCCGCAGCUUUGGCCACGCCUGCAACCCAGACGGAUGAGGUGGCGGGCAGCUUCCUGGCUGCAGCAUCCAGUACACACAAGAGCUUGAAGGCCAAACUAAGCAGCGCUACCGGCGGCAGCAAAGCCAAGGCCAGCAACAAGAUCAAGGCCCAAACCAGCCGCAUUGUGUCCAGCUUUAAGGCGCCCACAGUGGUCAGCACGGUGGUCCGAGAAUUCGGCGGCCACAAGGAUGGCAUCUGGCAGGUUGCCGCCAAGGCGGGACAACCCAUCAUUGGCACCGCCUCCGCCGAUCAUACGGCCUGCAUCUGGGGCGUGGAGAGCGCCAGGUGCCUUUUGCAGUACCAAGGGCACGCCGGCUCCGUAAACUCCAUCAAGUUCCAUCAGCAGCGAGAUCUUGUGCUCACCGGCAGCGGGGAUGGUACUGCCCACAUCUGGCAGGCGGCCGUCAACUGGGAAGUGCCCAAGAAGGGCCAUUCUUCAGAGGAGGAACUGGACGACAGUGAUGAGCAGGUGGAAGAUCGCGAUCGUGUGGACACCUUACGCACUCCGCUCUGCGAGUUCACAGGCCCCGGCGGUCAUCUUUCAGUCGUGGUGGCCGCCGAUUGGCUCUCUUCGAUGGAUCAAAUCAUCACGGGCAGCUGGGAUCGGACUGCCAUCCUGUGGGACGUGGAGACUGGCCUGCCACUGCAGCCGCUCACUGGGCACGACCACGAGCUCACCCACGUGUCGGCACAUCCCACCCAGCGCCUGGUGGUCACCGCUUCCAGGGACACUACGUUCCGUCUAUGGGACUUCCGAGAGGCAAUCCCAGCGGUCUCCGUCUUCCAAGGGCACACGGAAACGGUUACGUCCAGUGUGUUCGCACGCGACGACAAGGUGGUGUCCGGAUCAGAUGAUCGUACAAUCAAGGUCUGGGAGCUGCGCAACAUGCGAUCCGCCUUGGCCACCAUUCGAACGGAUUCCUCGGUCAAUCGUUUGGCGGUCUCCACUGGUGGAAUUAUCGCCAUACCGCAUGACAAUCGACAGAUCCGACUGUUCGAUUUGAACGGGCAGAGAGUCGCCCGAUUGCCACGGACCAGUCGGCAGGGCCACCGACGGAUGGUGUCGUCUGUAGCGUGGGCGGAGGAGCCGCUGCUGGACUGCGAUCUCUUCUCCUGCGGCUUCGAUCGCCGCGUUUUCGGCUGGUCCAUCGUUCUUCCGAAGGACAAUUGAAGGCAACUGAAGCGGAGAGCUGCUGCACCAAAGGAAUGAGGAGGCGCAGCUCUGCGAAAUCCCAAACAUCUCUCGAACAAAGAAGCAUCCCCAAAGCGAUGCCCACAUACUUACAUAUAUGUAACCGUUUAUCAUAGAUCAAGUAUUAUGCAGACAUUGUUCAGGAUGUUCUACUAUCUCGUUGUCGCCCACUGAAUGUAAUUAACGUUGCUUUUUGCCAAAUAGUCGUGGCAUAGCGUGCUGCACGAACUACAUAUUAUCAUUGUUAUAGCAUACGUAUGUAUAUGCGUUGGGACUGGGCUAAACUCUUCGGAGUGCAGAGCUUCCGAUGUCCAGACCCGAUUUUAUCUGUGUUUUACUACCAUAAUACAUAUUAUAGACGUCUAAGGCAUUAACGCUUUAGCCAACAUGAAUAAACAUAAUCAACCACCCGAUUCAUCGCUGGGUAUAUCCU